GAUCGAUCUGAAGCAUAAAAAUCAACUUAACAACUCCGACAAUAUGGUAAAGAUUGGAAUCGACUUACGUGAGUACUACCCGAGUGUGGAGUGGGACAUCUUGGGAGUACCAGCAGAACGUCACGAAAAAUACUAUCCUUGCUGUGCGGAGCCAUAUCCCGAUAUUUUCUUCAACAUCACAUUAAGACGAAAAACACUGUUCUACACAGUCAAUUUGAUAAUACCGUGUGUCGGCAUCUCAUACCUUUCUGUGUUGGUAUUCUAUUUGCCAGCUGAUUCCGGCGAAAAAAUUGCAUUGUGCAUCAGCAUUCUGUUGUCGCAGACCAUGUUCUUCCUUCUGAUAUCGGAAAUCAUUCCUUCUACCUCGCUGGCACUGCCCCUGCUCGGCAAGUACCUGCUGUUCACUAUGAUACUGGUCGGUUUCAGCGUCGUGAUCACCAUUAUUAUACUGAACAUACACUAUCGCAAACCGAGUACACACAAGAUGGCACCGUGGGUCAGGAAGUUCUUUAUACUACGACUGCCAAAAUUGCUUCUGAUGCGGGUGCCAAACGAUUUGCUCAAGGAAUUGGCGGCCAACAAAAUAAACUACGGAAUUAAAAUCAGCAAGAGUAAAUUCGGUGCUGCUCUAGCAGCCCACUCCCAAAUGCAGCAAAACUCUGGUGGUUCAAGUCCCGAUUCAAUCAGACACAUGCAAGGUCGACCGGGAGGAUGCAAUGGACUACACUCCACGACAGCUACAAAUAGAUUCAGCGGACUCGUUGGAGCCCUUGGAGGAGGUCUCAGUAGUUUAGGCGGCUAUAAUGGGCUUCCAUCGGUGAUGUCUGGUUUGGACGAAUCGCUGAGCGAUGUGGCGCCGAGGAAAAAAUACCCAUUCGAACUGGAGAAGGCCAUUCAUAACGUUAUGUUUAUACAGCAUCACAUGCAGCGCCAGGACGAGUUUAAUGCGGAGGAUCAAGAUUGGGGAUUUGUGGCGAUGGUAUUGGAUCGUUUAUUUUUAUGGUUAUUUACACUAGCGUCAUUAUUCGGCACAUUCGCAAUCCUAUGUGAAGCUCCCUCACUGUACGAUGAUACCAAACCGAUUGACAUCGAGUACUCCAUUAUCGCUCAGAAACUGUUCAAUCUGACCAUUAAGGAUCCGCGGCAUGCCUAAGUGCUGGGAGAUCGUCCACGACACAACAAAAUUUACAGGCUGUCUCACUAGUAACUUAUCCUAACUCUGCAAAAACGAAUGUUUUCGGACAUUAAAUGGUGGUCAACCAAGUCUCAUUAACUCCAGAGUUGUUUUAUGUAAGUGUAUUCGUAUUGAACCGAGAAAGCAAUUUUCCACGAUGUUAUUAAUCAGUCACCGAAAGAGCACAACACAUAAACAAAUGGUUGAUAUCAAGUUCUUGAAAUUAUACGGUAAUCUUAAACACACAGUGAAAGUGACUAUC